UCCACAUUGACGACAAAGGAAUGGAACACUCGCCUCACUGACCAUAUGCUUCCAUGCUGCAUUCAAUCCCAUCUUUGCACACUUCAAUUUUUCACUCAUAUGAUUUGUAAAACUCAAAUUUGGAGUUUCUCUGUUGCAAAAUAUGGAGUACCUAGUCUGUGGAAAGAUCGCCAAAGUUGAGCUCAGAAGGGUGGAUGACAUCUCAAAAUCCGAAUCUAAAAUCUAUUCACAGAUUGAAAUUGUGAAACAUGAGAGUCCAUUUGAACAAAUUGACAUUGAAAUGAAGAAUGAACCUUCUCAUAGCAAUACAGCUAUUCAUCAGAUCAAGAGAGAGAAGCAAGAAGAUGGAUUUGCAGAACAUCAAUUGACAACAAAUAACAUCAAACAGGAGCCAAUAACCUCAGAGGAAGCCCCAACUACUACUCAGAUUGAAAUUGUGAAACAUGAGAGUCCAUUUGAACAAAUUGACAUUGAAAUGACAAAUGAACCUUCUCAUAGCAAUACAGCUAUUCAUCGGAUCAAGAGAGAGAAGCAAGAAGAUGGAUUUGCAGAUCUUCAAUUGACAACAAAUAACAUCAAACAGGAGCCAAUAACCUCAGAGCCAACUACUACUCAGAUUGAAAUUGUGAAACAUGAGAGUCCAUUUGAAAAAAUUGACAUUGAAAUGAAGAAUGAACCUUCUCAUAGCAAUACAGCUAUUCAUCAGAUCAAGAGAGAGAAGCAAGAAGAUGGAUUUGCAGAACAUCAAUUGACAACAAAUAACAUCAAACAGGAGCCAAUAACCUCAGAGGAAGCCCCAACUACUAAUCAGAUUGAAAUUGUGAAACAUGAGAGUCCAUUUGAACAAAUUGACAUUGAAAUGACAAAUGAACCUUCUCAUAGCAAUACAGCUAUUCAUCAGAUCAAGAGAGAGAAGCAAGAAGAUGGAUUUGCAGAACAUCAAUUAACAACAAAUAACAUCAAACAGGAGCCAAUAACCUCAGAGGAAGCCCCAACUACUACUCAAAUUGAAAUUGUGAAACAUGAGAGUCCAUUUGAACAAAUUGACAUUGAAAUGAAGAAUGAACCUUCUCAUAGCAAUACAGCUAUUCAUCAGAUCAAGAGAGAGAAGCAAGAAGAUGGAUUUGCAGAACAUCAAUUGACAACAAAUAACAUCAAACAGGAGCCAAUAACCUCAAAGGAAGCCCCAACUACUACUCAGAUUGAAAUUGUGAAACAUGAGAGUCCAUUUGAACAAAUUGACAUUGAAAUGAAGAAUGAACCUUCUCAUAGUAAUACAGCUAUUCAUCAGAUUGAAAUUGUGAAACAUGAGAGUCCAUUUGAACAAAUCGACAUUGAAAUGAAGAAUGAACCUUCUCAUAGCAAUACAGCUAUUCAUCAGAUUGAAAUUGUGAAACAUGAGAGUCCAUUUGAACAAAUUGACAUUGAAAUGAAGAAUGAACCUUCUCAUAGCAAUACAGCUAUUCAUCAGAUCAAGAGAGAGAAGCAAGAAGAUGGAUUUGCAGAACAUCAAUUGACAACAAAUAACAUCAAACAGGAGCCAAUAACCUCAAAGGAAGCCCCAACUACUACUCAGAUUGAAAUUGUGAAACAUGAGAGUCCAUUUGAACAAAUUGACAUUGAAAUGAAGAAUGAACCUUCUCAUAGUAAUACAGCUAUUCAUCAGAUUGAAAUUGUGAAACAUGAGAGUCCAUUUGAACAAAUCGACAUUGAAAUGAAGAAUGAACCUUCUCAUAGCAAUACAGCUAUUCAUCAGAUCAAGAGAGAGAAGCAAGAAGAUGGAUUCGCAGAACUUCAAUUGACAACAGAUAACAUCAAACAGGAGCCAAUAACCUCAGAGAAAGCCCCAACUACUACUCAGAUGGCGACAGUUGCAGUAAAUAGCAGCCAAGAACCAGCGCCAGAGUGCAGCACUGCAUUCGCUCCAACCGAUAAUGACUUCAGCCAACAACAUUAUUUAAUCCCUGGCUACAAUCUAAUAUUCAUCAACGAAGAAGAUUCCCAAGAUGGAGAAGACAUUUCAGAAGAAGUUGACUUUGGCGCAGUGAAGAGUGAAGCAGAGAUGUGGCCUUCUAUCAGCGGCACUGCCAAUGCAACAGAAGUGGGUGGACUGGAUGCACAUUCAAUCUCUCCAGUGGAAAAGUGCACUGAGCCAACUGUGGCUGGCAAAAAGACCAAGCUCUACAGUUGUGCCGACUGCAGCUAUGAAACAACAUGGAUUUCUGCUUUGAAGAAACACAUUAGAACACACACUGGAGAAACACCAUUCAGUUGUAACUUCUGUGACUACAAAUGUGCUAUUUUAGGUAAUUUGAAAGUACAUAUCAGAUCCCAUACAGAUGAAAAACCAUUCAGUUGUAACUUUUGUGACUACAAAUGUGCUGCUUCAGGCAAUUUGAAGAUACACAUCAGAUCACAUACAGGUGAAAAACCAUUCAGUUGCAAAUUUUGUGACUACAAAUGUGCAUCUUCAGGCCAUUUGAAAAUACAUAUCAGAACACACACGGGUGAAAAACCAUUUAGUUGUAACUUUUGUGACUACAAAUGUGCUUCUUCAGGUGAAUUGAAUGGACAUAUCAGAAGACACACUAGUAAAAAACCAUUCAGUUGUAACUUUUGUGACUACAAAUUUGCUUCUUUAAGUGAAUUGAAGAGCCACAUCAGAACACACACUGGUGAAAAACCAUUCAGUUGUAACUUUUGUGACUACAAAUGUGCUACUUCAAGCAAUUUGAAAGUACAUAUCAGAUCACAUACAGGUGAAAAACCAUUUAGUUGUAACUUUUGUGAUCACAAAUGUGCUCAUUUAACUGAUUUGAAGAAACACAUUAGAACACAUACAGGUGUAAAACCAUUCAGUUGCGAAUUUUGUGACUUCAAAUGUAGUAAGAAAUCUAACUUAAAAUCACAUCUCAGAUCACAUACAGAUGAAAAACCAUUCAGUUGCGAAUUUUGUGACAAUAAAUAUAGUAUGAAAUCUAGUUUGAAAUUACAUCUCAGGACACAUACAGAUGAAAAACCAUUCAGUUGUAACUUUUGUGACUACAAAAGUACUAAUUCAGGCAGUUUGAAAGUUCAUAUCAGAACACAUACAGGUGUAAAACCAUUCAGUUGCGAAUUUUGUGACUUUAAAUGUAGUCAGAAAUCUAGUUUGAAAUUACAUCUCAGAACACAUACAAAUGAAAAACCAUUUAGUUGUAACUUUUGUGACUACAAAAGUACUAAUUCAGGCGGUUUGAAAUCACAUCUCAGAACACAUACAGGUGAGAAACCAUUCAGUUGCGAAUUUUGUGACUUUAAAUGUAGUCAGAAAUCUAGUUUGAAAUUACAUCUCAGAACACAUACAAAUGAAAAACCAUUUAGUUGUAACUUUUGUGAUUACAAAUGUGCUUCUUCAAUUGCUUUGAAGAGACACAUCAGAACACACACUGGUGAAUAACCAUUCAGUUGUGACCUUUCUUCAAAUGUGCUACUUUAAGCUAAUUGAAAGUACAUAAAUCAGAUCACAUACAGAUGAAAAACCUUUUAGUUGCGAAUUUUGUGACCAUAAAUGCCCUCAUUCAAAUGAUUUGAAGAAACACAUCUGAAAAUACACUGGGGGAAAGCCGGUGAAGAAGAAAUUGUGAGAUAUUUAUUUAUACAAUACUAGCUGGCCCGGCGAACUUCGUACCGCUAAAUAGUUAAUGCAUCUCAUGACAAACUUUAGCUGGAUGCACACCUGAGGAGGCGCGAUGCGGCAUUUUGCAUCCAGGUGCAUCUUUUUUAUUGGUUGGAAUGGAAGAACUCACACAUACUGAAUCGGGCAUUGCGUGGAACGGUGUGAUAAGGCAAUCUCCAUAAGAUCAACACUUUGUGUCACCAAGCCGCGCCUCCUCAGGUGUGCUUAGCUUUAGCUUAAUCUCAUGCAUUACAUAUUAUGAAAAUCAUCCAACAAACAGUAUUUACAUUUAUAUCUCAAUAUGGACUUCCUAUGUGUUUUGUUAGUUGUGCAGAAGUUUGUAUUUUUAGAUAUAGUUGAAUGCAGCUUGCUGGGAAAAUGAAAGGUAUAUCUCCUUGCCGCUGAUUUUCCCGUGCAUAUUCUGAAUUUACAGCAUUUCAAAUUCUACGACCGAAGUUUGGACGUAGUUCGUAACGCGCAUUAUUAUUAGAAUUAAAAUUCUGUGAAUCUGUAGAAAGAAAAUAGAAAAACAGAUCUACCGACGGCUGUUGGAUGACGCAAUGAUUAUAAUAGCUGAUUUUCAUUUCUGUGUGUGGCCAGCUCACAAAUCAUCUCCCAUAAGGAUUUCAUGUAAACUUUGCAGGACCUUAGGAAAGAGUCCUGAAGUCGGAACAUAAAUUUUAUAGGCCAUAAACCUGCUCCUGAAUAUAUGUUUAUGUUUUGAAGGGACGGAUUCAAAGAACCUCACAUGUCAACCAAAGCUUAUUGUGUGUCCAAAAGUAUGUUAGUUAGGCAAACCAACUCCCGUGUCCUUUACAAGGUCCAGGAAUUUCUUCCCUAUACCAACAUCCCAUUCCUCACCUGGUUGCUUACAGCCAAACAGAGCCCUUCUUCUAGCUCCAAGACUUUCGCAAUCCAGUAUGAUAUGCUUGGCAGUCUCUCCAGACUGAUUACAAAGCCUACACAUCUGGCUUUCAUUUCUGAGUCCAAUUGUGUUGAGUGUUGAGAUGUUUCCUGAAGUGGCCAUGUCCAGUUAUCAGGGCAAUCACCUGUUUGACCUGACCUCUACCCAGACUCACCAGCCAGCUGGUGAAGCAAGGGCUUGCGUUUGCCAGCAGCCUUUUGCCAAGUGCUUGGCCAGGGUGACCCUGCCAUUGCUGGUGGUUUAAGUCCCUGGACCAUCUACUAAUUGUGUGGAAGGCAGUUGUUUUACUUAUGCCACAGCCCGGCUCUGGGCCAAGGAAUGGCAUGCUAGAACCCCACUUAGCAAGCUCAUCUGCACGCUCUUUACCACCUAUGCCUACAUGGCCAGGUACCUAACCAAGAUGCAUAUAGUUGAGCGUUGCAAGCCUGCUGAGCAACUAUUAGUAACUAUUAUAAAGCUACAAUUUUUUUAUUUUAAUCCAACCAAGCCUUGUGUCUAGAUAGGUUAGAGUUGGAUCCGAGAGAGGAAAGUGGUAAAAAAAUUAAAAUCAUCAAAAGUCAUUCAUCUAAAAACUCGCGAACCGAGUAAUAAGCUAUAUUUGUCAAUACUUUGAGAUAUUCAUCUUGAAUUGAAAUUAGGAAUUCAAAACUUAAGUUUUGCUUGGAAAAUUGUAAGUACAUAAUAUAGUACCUUGUCUUCUAUGGGAGAGAAUACGGUAGGCUACCUGAUAUUCUUCGAGAUACCAAUGAGCCUCACAACUGUUAUAUGUCAGCCAAGUCCGCCAGUUUAUAGUUUUCUUGUGGAAUCAUGUUUAAUCUGAAUAGUCAUUAUCAGACUCACUGUCAUAAUAUGUAAAGUGUUUAGUUGUAGAGUGCUAGUAAAUCGAUAAUUAUCCAUUCAAUCUCACAACAGAAAGAUUGUCUUGUUGGGAGAUUCAUACACGAAAUCAAGGUUAAUCUGAUUUAUAAAAUUAAUUGUAAGCUCAUUGAAUUUAAGCAUUGAGUAAUUAUUAGACUGAUAGACAUGUGUCAUGUGUUCAGUUAUGAAUGUAUUCCAGUUAAAUCACUUGGCAGUGUUUGGAAAAUGUUAAAUGUUUUCUGGAUGCUGACUGGUUCACUGUUGCCAUGUUUAUUUAAACUUGAAAACUACAAAAUUCUUACCCACUGGCUCAAAUUAAUUAUCUAUCAUCUUUCUCAAUUGAAUGUCAUUUUUAUUGCAAUGUUUAUUUAUUUCCAUGGCUGAGUUCAGUAUUAGUGUGAAGUAGAUGGAAAGUGUAAGCUAACUGCAAUAUUGACAAUGUAAUCCCUAGUACAACAAUUGAUACAAUUGUCUAGAAAAUGUGUGGAAACAAUGCUAGAUUCUUUCUUCUCUCUCUGAAAAGUGUGUUUAAUGAGAAUUAUCAUCCAUUCAUUGAUUGUGUUGACAAAUACAUCAUGUACUAGUUUAUUCAGGACAAAAUGUCAGAGGUUGUCUGGUAUAGCUCAGCUGGUAGAACUCAAAUGUGAAAAGAUCCAUUCUGAUGAUCUCAUCUUCAUGACAAUUAAAUUUUCAUUAAAUUACCACCUCUUCAACAACAAAACGACAAUAUUGACUUUGCAAAACCCUUUGAACUGCUAUGCUCCAUAUUAUGAAGUUAUUGUUGUUAAUAUGGCUGCGUUGAUUAAUUCAAAAAGCCUCCUGGCAUAUUAUAGAUUCUAUCAUUUAUUUAGAAUAAGAUGGGAUACAAGUUGAGAGGGAUAAAUUGAUUUUAUUUUAUGGACUGUUGAGAGUUCUAUCCUUUUGAAUACUGUAUAAAUUUUGUAUUGUAUCACAAACAGUUAUAAUUCACUAGAGAUUCAUUAUAUUAAUAUUAUUUAGAUUAGCCUAUCAAUAGUUUUUAGCAAUCUAUUGUAAGAGAAACUUCUUGUUAAUAGAUAUUCUAUCUUUCAAGAAUAUUUUAUACAUUUCUCCUGUCUUCCAUCAUUAUCUACUUCAAUUUAUCAACUUUCAAUCAAUUCUCGAAAUAGUCCUAGCCUACAAUUUUAAUAUUUCUAGCUUCUAGGUGUGGAACUCCUAUUCCCCAACGGGUAUCUGUGGUUAUAUUUCUAUAAUGUGUCUCUUUUUAUAUAAUUUAACUUUUACUCUAACGACUGUAAAAAGAACAAAAAUAAUAAAGAAAAAUCAAACAUUGAA